AUGAGCGUGGUAGUGCACCAUGUGGGGGAGAAAGCUGUACACUCCUGGUCAUGCAUCUCCACAGCAGGGAAGAAAGCCCUGGAAGAGGCACUGCUUGCGUUUAAUCCUAUGAGCCAGGAUCUCAGUGCCACAAAGGCCCAGCUUGUGGCCUGCCUACAAGGCCUGCGAGAUGAUGGCUUCCAGCCAACCAUUCUGCGAAGUGGUGAUGUCUAUGGCUAUAGUUCAUGCACAGCCACCCCCACCCCUGCCCAGACAAAGCUUCAAGCUUGUACCACCAACCCAUCUGCCACAUCACUUCCAUCCAGGGCUCCCCAAACUGCUGUGUCGCUACCUGUAAGCCAGGCCACACUGCUCCCGGUGCCACUGUCUGGCAGGCUGACUAAGGGAUCCACACCAGCCCUUGCCAAGCAUGCUCCCACUAACCUGCUGCUGAGCUCCCUGAAGCAAUCAAAUGGCAGCCACACCAGUGGUACAACAGUAGGCUUCUCUUCCCACCUCUACCCAGGUGUCUACCCUGCCAUGCAUCUCUCUGUGGUCCUUGAAGCACUGGUCCCACUCAAGACUCCUUGUUUGGGUUCUAAGCACAGGGCACAGUCACUGCAGCUGUCACUUGCAAACUCUUCCCUGAAACUGAGAGAAAGUUUGGGGAAUCAACAGUCCAAAGCAUCCAGGAAAAUCACAAGCAAAGGCCUCAAAUGUGUUAGCAGGAAAGGCUCUGGGGCUGACAGACGAGGCGCUGGGCCCUGGAGCAGUGGUCUACCCGAGAAAGGAUGCUCUGCCUUGGGCACCAAAACAGCCCAGGCCAAGGCAUUUCGAACAAUGACCGAAGCUGCUCAUACCCACGCCAGUCUAGCUCGAGCCCAGAACAAGACGGUAAGGGUCAGGGCCAAGACGACAAAGGCCAAGCCCAGGGCAGCGGGAGCCAAGGCCAAGGCCAAUGUAUUAAGGGACAAGGCUAAAGCUAAGGUGGUCAAGGCCAAGACCAAAGCAGCUGUAGUUCCAGAUCACACUUGCAAAUGA